AUGGAGGUCCAGUGGGUUGGGGUCAGAUCCCCAAAGCCGGGCCCUCCACACGUCAGUGUCGGCCUGAUCCUCUCAAUGCUGCUUGGUUUGUGGUCUUCUCAGGCCCUGGAAAUGUCUGUCGGGAAGAUUCCCUUCCUGGAGGCAGUGAAUGGCAGCACAGUUAUGUUGCCUUGUACGUACGCCAGCUGUAUCGGUAUUGACAACCUUUAUUUCAACUGGCAGUUCAAUGACAACGGCACCAUGCAUAAGGUGUGUGACUCAGUGAUCGUAUCGGAGGAUUCAGAUCCACAUGUGAAGAUAUAUCGAGAGCGGGUGGACUUUGUGGGGAAGAACCAUAAAAACAAUGUGUCCAUCUUGCUGUGGAACAUCACCUUUGAGGAUGGAGGCCAGUACACUUGUUUUGGACGCAACCCCAAAGAAAAGGACAAGAACCACAGUGCUAUCUUUACCCUCGUUGUGGUGGACGAGUUGCGGGUGGUGGACAACACACUGACCAUCAUCAUAGCCUCAGCUGUAGGUGGAGGCAUCGCAGCACUGAUGGGCUUCAUGUUGCUCAAGAACUUCACUCUCUUUGUUCUUUCCAAGCUUGAGGAGAAAAAUAAGGAGUGCCUUGUAACUUCAUCAGGGAUCGACAACACAGAAAAUGGCCUCUCAGGAUCCAAAGCUGAUUCAAAACCAACACCAAAAAAGAAAUGA